AAAGUUGGCGCUUAAUACCCAAACAGCUGUUUCAGCGUCAGCGCUUGGCACUUAUCGAUAACCAAUAAUCGAUUCGAUUCCAAUUGGCAUUCUUCUAAUUGAAGAAUGAAGUAAAUAAUGGAUAUAUCCGCGCCGCCAAACAAACGUGCUCGUAAAUCACCCAAUCUGGAUGAAGACAUCACUGGUAUUCGGGCCAUCCUCUCCGAUGAGUUCGACGAAGAGAUUGCGCUCAUCAAGGCGCACAGUUGCGAGUUGGAGACGAAACAGCAGCUCCAGGCGGUCAUCCAGGAGCUCUCACAGAAAUUGCCCCACUUUCAGCACCUAAAGCGCGUCCAGGAUCGCAGCGUGCUCAUAUGUCCCAGCUCAGAGAUCGGAGUGUCUCAAAGCCUGGAACAACACCUUGAACAGUUCGCCUUUUCGGAGCACGUGCUGCGUGCUUUGUGCCAGGGAGUCCGGGUGGUGGAGGUGCCGGAACGGAUGCCCCGACUGCGGGUGCAGUACGAGAAGACCCUUAAGCACUGGCCUUGCAAGUUUCACCCUAAUCACUACUCGGAGUCACUGAGGAAUGGCAGCAACUUCAGCUCCGCACAACGCACAUUUCACAAAAGGAUCGGGCAAUUGCUUGUGAGGCUCUCGCGGGAUAUCAAUGACAAUCGGCCGGUGGGCAUCUGCGUGGAUCCGCGACAACCCAGCAUAGUGUCUAUUGCUGGAACUGCCGAAGGUUGUAGGCCCCACGAGCACUGCUGCAUGAUGCUCGUCGAUUUUGUGGCUCGCAGUCAAGAGGGAGGCGCCACAGAAACGGAGGUUACAUUUACUGAAGAUUCCAAGGAGGAUACCACUCUGCGGGGUAUUCCUAAAGCCUACUACGAUUACCUGAUGAACAAUGAAGACUACAAAGACCUGACAUUCGGAGCGGAAAAGUCGAGAGAAUGUAAAGAAGUGAACGCAGAUCAAGGAGCAGAUAACCUGGCCAAAUUCGGACCCUAUCUGUGCACCGGCUACGAUAUCUAUCUGCUGCAGGAACCCUGCCUUAUGUGCUCCAUGGCCCUGGUACAUAGCAGAGCGAAAAGAGUAUUUUUCGUUAAGAACUCUGACAACGGAGCUCUAGCCACGAGAUUCCAGCUGCAUUCGGUGCGGGAACUCAACCAUCACUACGAAGUGUUCCAGUUCACAACCAAGGAGGACGCAGACUUGACGUAACGUUUAACAAACCUUGUUUUUAAUAAAGGAUUUAUAGGAUAUCUUCGA